AUGGACUUUUUCACACGAGGAUACAGUGCGCUUAGAGGGGAAAAAGGGCAACCGCAGUCGGCCGAUGAGACGAUUGAGAAGCUCGCUGAUUGCCUUGAAACCGCCACUUUGCUGGAAGAUCGUCGCGCAGGCGUGCUCAGUCUCAAAGGCUUGGCCAGAGACUGGACCGAGCAAGUGGGUGAUAAAAGUUUACCGGCACUUGUGAAAGUCUUGCACACGGAUUACAGAGACGCCGACAUUGUAAAGUCGUUGUUGGAAACAUUGACCAUUUUAUGCACGGUCCAGAAUCAGAAUUCGGCCUCGGAUAUCGGAUACAAGUUUACGGAUUAUUUUAUUGAAGAUUCGACCAACGUGACCAUUUUAUUGGAUGUUCUCGAAGAAUUCGACUUUUACGUGCGAUUCAAUACCAUCAAAUUGCUUUCAACACUGCUGAUCAAUCGCGAGAAACGUAUUCAAGAAUGUAUUCUGACCAGCCCCAUGGGCAUCACUCGGCUUGUCGAUCUCUUGGAUGAUAAACGAGAAAUUAUUCGAAAUGAGGGUUUGCUACUGCUGAUUGCAUUGACGCGAAGUAAUACCGAGGUGCAGAAACUCGUCACGUUCCAAGCGACUUUUGAAAAACUGCUUGCCAUUAUUGAAGAACAGGAAGGCAUUUCGGGCGAUAUUGUGGUUCAGGACAGUUUGACCUUGAUGCAUAAUCUUUUACGCUACAACGUUUCGGAUCAGAUCUACUUUCGCGAGACGAGCUGUAUUCAACAAAUUCCAGGACUCCUCGGUUAUGUGGGCGAUAGUGAAGCGGAUCAUGUGCCUUACUCCUUUGAAGACUGGCCGCCGCAGAAAGUGGCCAACACGGUGCUAGUGUUGGAACUGAUUCGUAUUCUUGCGGAGCCGGAAGGCGCGAAUACGCCCGCGAAUCAAAAAGUGAUGGUACAAAGCGGCAUUCUUUUACCCAUUGUUCAGCUGGGGAUUUGUUCCAACGCCCCUUCGCUGGUCCGAGCCGAAGCGCUGUAUGCGAUCGGUUACGUUUUACGCGCCAAUGCGGUGAAUCAAGACAUCUUUUCGCAGAUCAUGGUGGCCAGUCCGCCAAAAAUCAUUGAUGGUCAGAUCGAUCCCCAAACCGCGUCAGGCAUUCCUCGACCGGCGAUGGUGUCCCUGAUUGCCAUUGCGCUCAACACGGAUACCGAUAGCCAGUACAGCUAUUCGAGUCGCGCCGCCGCCGCCUAUGCGGUCUCUUCAUGCAUCGAAGAAAACAAGGACGCGCAAAUCGUUCUUGCUGCCACCAUGAAAAGUCCACCCGAAGACAAUGUCAAUACCCAAUUUGCAGACAAACCUCAUUCGGCUGGUUCGCUCCUUCUUGAAGUCAUUGAUAACUGGGAGUUGUCCGUCAAAGAUCCAUACAAAGUAUGGUUCGCUUGCACUAUUUUAUCACACAUCAUCCGAAAUAACGAGGAAGCCAAACAAGUCGCUGGAGCCAUUGUUUUUGGCGAAGAAGAGCAAGGCAAGUCAUCAUUUUGGGGAGAGGAACCUGUGCCUCUGCUGCAUCAUAUUACGGCUCAGUUAUUAAUGUGUACAAAGAGCCAGGGGAUCAAUGCCCGGAUACCUAUCGCGUACUUGUGCCUAUUGAGCAUAUGGCUGUAUGACAGUCCCAACUCCGUUUCGUUAUUCCUUUCGGAAAGCACCCAUAUUCAAUUUUUGAUCCAAGAGGUACAAUCAUCGGCCAACGAUCCAAUUGUGCAAGGACUGGCGGCUUUUUUUCGGGUGGAUCAGUUCAACAGUCAUUUAGCGCGAUUGCGAGACAGUUCGGCGGUGAAGAAUGCGCCGCAGUACUUGCAGAUUUCCGCCGAAGAAGAGUAUAUCUCGCAAAGCACGCAUUCACUUCCGUCGCUGCUUCUCGAUAGCACCUUUGUGGAAUUCUUCAAAGAUACUUAUGAAACCGUUCAGCGCUCCAUCAAAAAGAAACCCGCUAGUUUCCAAACACAGAAAGCGACGGCCGCCGCUUCGGUAGAUCCUGCGUCUGAAAAGUUGAUUGAAGAAUACAAACACACGAUUGCCAAUCAAUCCAACGAUAUUAAAGCACUGGAGCAGAAAGUCGCUCAGUUGGAGCAAUCCUUAGCCAACAGUGUAAGCCUCUGUCGUGUUUGUUGUAUUUUUUUUAAUCUUGUAUACAUGUUGCUCACGUUCACCACGCAAGACGAGGACUGGAAAAAGAAAUUGGCCGACUCGGAAUCGAGCGUGGCAGCUGAAAAGAAGAAAUUCGUUGACCUUGAGCGGGAGCAAGAAGAUCUGCUGAUCUGCAUGGGCGGACAAGAUCUGGAGAUUAAAAAGUACAGACAACGAGUGCGUGACCUUGGUGGUACGGUAACAGACACGGAAGAUGAAGACGAGGAGGAGGAGUAA